CUAGAGUAAACAAUUUUAAGUCGUUUAGUACUAGUAGCACUAGAAAUAAAUCUAAUCUUGUCCACAAGAUGGCGCUGAAAAGAGUUCUAAUUGCGAAUAAAUCAUUUCCUGAAAUUGGAUUGGAGUUACUAAAAAAGAAAGUAGAACCUAUAGUUGUGCCUCAUUUAGACUACGAACCGGAGAGCUUGCCGGCGAUCAAGAAAGCUAUAAUAGGCUGUGACGCUGCUAUUUGGAAUACAAAACAUCAGCUCACUGGGGAAAUACUGGAUUUAGCAGGUCCCCAAUUAAAAGCUAUUUCCACAAUGUCAUCUGGUACUGACCACAUAAACCUUGAUGACGUGUUCACACGCGGCCUGUUGCUAGGCAACACGCCAAACGUGCUCGACAACUGCGUAGCAGACAUCGCUGUCGGUCUCCUCAUAGCAGCUGCUAGAAGAUUCAAAGAAGGCGUAGAUGAAAUUAUGAGCGGUGAAUGGAAGUAUGGCGUGCAGUGGUCCCUCGGGCAGGACAUUGCCGGCAGUACCGUGGGUGUCAUAGGAUUCGGUGGUAUUGGGCAAGCUAUGGUAAGGAGGCUAAAAGGCUUUGAUGUGGCACGCUUUCUAUAUUCUGGACGAAGCGAAAAACCUGAAGCGAAGACCCUGGGUGCAGAGCGAAUGCAAUUAGAGCAGUUGCUAAGAGAGAGCGACUUCGUUCUCCUCUCCUGUCCCCUGACUGAAGAGACCAGACACAUAAUUAAUGCAGACUCGUUAAAGUUAAUGAAGAAAAACGCCGUUCUGAUUAAUAUUGGAAGAGGAGGUCUCGUUGAUCAAGAAGCAUUAUACGACGCUCUCAAGCAAGGUCAAAUAUUUUCCGCGGGUCUAGACGUGGUCACUCCUGAGCCGUUGCCCAAAGACCACCCUCUUCUUACACUGCCCAAUUGCUUCAUAGUGCCACAUUUGGGCAGCGCAACAAUUGCUACAAGGAAUGCAAUGGCGACAAUAUCAGCUAACAACGUAACGCAAGCAUUAGAAGGACAGCCAAUGAUGUAUCCAGUGUUAUAA